GAGAUAUUCUAUAAAUAGGCUGACUGCUCGGUUUAUGUAAACACGUGAUCCGAAGCCAAAGCCGAAGCUAUCCGAACGCACUCGGAAAUCGGCGUCCGAUAAGAGUAGACUCGGGUGCUGCUCGAUUUCUCUAGUUUUCAAACAAAAAUAAUGGUAAGAACUAAAAAGAAAUGGUGUGAACGAGACACUGUGAAGUUCGUGUUAAUGUAUGAAGCGGAGCCAGUGCUGUGGAACGUGAAAUUAAAAGAUUACAGAAACAAGAUUGCUCGAAAUGAAGCGAUUCAACGCAUAAUUGAUAACUUCAACAUCAGUGGACUUUCGGUUCAAGAUGUGAACAUGAAAAUCAACAAUAUCCGUAGUACAUAUUUACAGGAAAAGGCAAAAGUUAGAAGAUCUACGGAGUCGGGAUGUAGUGUCGAUGACGUUUACACUCCAUCGUUGGUGUGGUUUGAUAUUGCAGAUAGUUUUCUAUGUAAUAUCAUUAAGAGCAGGAGAACUAAUCAGUAUGUGGUAGAGUCAAAUGAAGAUACACCAGCCAACUGUUCACUGGAUGAACCAGAUACUCCUGUUAGCCCGAAGCGGGAGAUACCUUCCCCAGAUAUAACUGAUAACCCACUAAUCACUCCAGAGUGGGCAGAGAGUGCUCAAGGUCAUGUUCCUACCAGCAGAAAAAGACCUAAGAAAAUAUGGCCUCUUCAAAACCGUGUAGCAGAAUCCAGUGAAAAACUACAUAAAAAUAUAGAUCAGGUUAUUAAUAACAAAAGAGAAGAAGACGAGUUUGAUCAUUUUGGCAAGAAUGUAGCCAGCCAGCUCCGACAGCUGCCAAUAUUAGACGCGCUGGAUGUUCAAUCAGAUAUAUUGAAUUUAAUAAAAAUGAGGAGGCAAGCUGUUCUCCGAAGGAUCAAGGAAGAAUACACUCCAAGUAAUGUUGUUGGUAGUGAUCAAAACGAAGAAUAUUUCACUAUUGAAGUAACACCACAAUCAGUUGACUAAUUUCGCGCUUCAAUUUAGUUGCAAGCAAAUCGGAUCUAUCUACUCAAUCCUGUCCAUAUACAUCUACCCGAGACCUGGGUAUUAAAUGGAAACCGAAAAAGCCGUAAUUAUUCUAGUUUUACUUUUAGACAUUCAUCUAUAAGUAAUACCAUUAAGUACAUUGUUAUCUUCUGACUUGAUCUAUUAUGAAACUGCGAAAUAUAUUAUAAGUAGGUAAAUUAUUAAUUUACGAACUUCAUAACUAAGAUCGAUUGUCAUGGUAUAAUAUAGGUACUAAGUAGACACACUAUACAUAAUUCUAAAUGUUACUAACAGAAUAAGACAAAAAUAGAAUAUACCUUAAAAAUAACAAAACAAAAAUACAAAGCCAAAGCCAGAAACCGGCUAGAACAGUUUUGUUUUGUGUAUUUGUGCGACGCGACCCGUGGGGGAUUUAAUCCCGACCAGUCGGGUUGGUACCUGGUACCCCACAACGUAAAUAGCCGUUGCUAAGAGGGAGCGAGAAGGGGCAAGAAUGUAGGGUUUACUAGAAGCAGGCUAAAGAAGGACGGACAGAUAGAGUCCCGAUCAAUAUUCAGACCACUCUCUGCCCUAAGCACUCUCCACGUUUCCCCUCUCUGGCCUGCCUGGGCAGGGCGGGAGGCAGGGUUUUAUGAAAGCUUUUAGAGAUAAAUUUCAAGGAUCGGUUUGUCGGGAGCGUAGGGUCUGGUUGUAUAGGGUGGUUUGGGUAUUUAUGUUUACCGGCUAUUCUGAAAGUAAUAAUAAUUUUGUGUUUUCUCAUUAUGGUUUUGUUUGGUUAAGUUAUGGUUACAUAACUGUAGAAGUUUGGAUGUAGAUUUGUUUCAUUUAUAUAUUGUAUAGUAUGUAGUAUAACGUAUAACUAUAAUAGGUAGGUAUGUACUACCUCCAUGUUUUGCUACGAUUGCGGUUAAUUUUCCUUUUCUAUUCUAAUUUUAUAUUCUACGAUUUCGCUCAAUUUGCCUUUUCUAUUGUAAUUUU